UUCAAUUGAUCGAUUUUUGCCAUGGACAUUACGAAGGUUAAAGUAGAGAUGAUAAUCAUGGCCCAGCAGGUGUGCAAGGAUGCGGAGCUGUGGCAAAAGAGCAUUCAAAUGGGUCAAGUGACCCUGCAAAGGGUUAAGAAAAUAAACCUUAGGCUUUUCUCCACCGAAAACCUCCUGAACAAUGCCGAAUCGCGAUCACGGAUUCAAGCCACGGAGAAGAGGAUCAGUAAUCUGUAUCUGCGUCUUCAGAGUCCUCUGACAACAAUGAACAAAAUCUUGGAAAAGCUAACCGAGAUUAGGGACAACACUGCGCGGAUGUUGAAUCGUUUGACCCUCUGGAUGGAUGACGAAAUCAUUUCUCAACACCAGAUCAGCCCCAAGAUCAUGAGUUAUCAACUUCUGGAGGCCCUACAGUUCCUGAGCCAGCGAUAUGAUGCAGAGUGGGAGGUCAAGGAGGUGGUUGUCAAUGAUCUGGAGAAAAUAAGCAACGCCAACGAGCUGAAGUUAUUGAUGGAUAGCUGGAGGAUUUGCAGCCAUGCUGGAGGUCAAGAGUUCGCCACUAUAUUGUGCGAUUAUUAUAAGAUCGUCGAUCGCUCCAUUCCUUUGGUAAAGGCUUCCUAGUGCGAAGAUACCAAGUUCGGGA